AUGCUCUCUGGCCUGAAGACAGGCAAACAGCCUGAGAACAAGCCUCAGAGCGAGCUUCAGCACCCCGGCAGCCUGACCCUCAUAGGCCAUGCAAAUGACGAGAGGUUCAGAAUCACCUACGAGGCCCGACAGCUCCUCAGAAACGUCUACGGGGAUCCUGAGACGCCUGUCCUGGGUGUGGUGGGGAAGGGCCUCUUAGUCGUGCCCGGGCAGUGGGCACGCCUGAGCAACAUUUCCGCAGAUGGCAAAUUCAUUGAGGCCGAGCAGUUCAAAGUUGGCUCUAAGACCAUCCUGAGAGGACAAGGUACCUCAGCCGGGAGAAUCCUUGAGUACUAUGGCAAGGUCAGGCAGAGUCACCCUGAGCUGGUGGAGCACCUUGAGAUUCUUGAGAUCAUGUCUCAGCCUGCCGCGAAUGUGGACUCAAGAGGUCCCGUGGCCCCUGAGAUCAUGUCUCAGCUUCGCGACCUCACCGGCUCAGUGGACUUUGCACCCGAGCAGCAGUGUUCUCUUAGUUCUGCACCAUCCAAGGCCUCAGCCUACUUCAUCGUGCUGAGCAUCGUCAUCUUGCAGUUCCUGAGGAAGCCUCUCAACCGCCUAGAGUAUGUCUCAGAGCAGCAUAAGGCAAGUGCUGAGAGCCUCAGCUAUCUGGGCAGCCUUGAGUGGUACGCCGAAUCUCAGGAGCCAGCUGAGUUCACGCACGGGGAGAACUGGCUGAGUGGGGUUUCUGAGCGACUCUCCUACAUCGAGCUGAGCAACUUGGACCUCGCCGACUUCGACGAGAGAGCCGGCGGCGCCAUGAUAUUCAUGGAGAGGCUCCUCAGGCAACGAGUGUCCCUCAGCAACUGCUCGUACCUGAGAGCUUACCUCCCUGAGACCGCGGUUUUCACGGCUGAGUGGGACAUGAUCCUCAGAACUGCCCAAAUCAGCCUGACGUCUGAGAUCUUUUACUACAGGACACUCUUGGUGCCUGAGAUGCACUGA